CCCCCCCCCCCCCCCCCCCAUACUCUCUCUCUCUACUUUAUGCCAAUUUCUGAUUCAGGGUCAUCGAGAAAGAGAUCAAUUUGGGGUUAAUUGCUACAACAUGAGGAAGCGUCAAGUGGUAGUGAGAAGAGAAGAGCCAUCAACAACAUCAUCCUCAAUCACAAUCAGGAUUGUGAGAUAUGGAGAGUGCCAGAAAAAUCAUGCGGCAGGUGUCGGAGGAUAUGCCGUCGAUGGGUGUACAGAGUUCAUGGCAAGUGGAGAAGAAGGGACAGAUGGUGCACUCACUUGUGCUGCUUGUGGUUGUCACAGGAACUUCCAUAGAAGGGAAGUGGAGACUGAAGUGUAAUAGUUUUUAGGGUUUGAUGACAAGAUUAAUCUCCGGCAGCCGGAGCAAGAAAGACAGAGAAGAAACGAUUUGCGAACUUGGUCGAUGGUUGAGUUCAGAUUCAGUGGUGUGAGGUUGUAUAUAGCUUGAAGAAAUUAUGAGUGGAGCAAAGGAAUUCAAUGAUGAUGAUGAAAUAUGGUAAUUUAAUUUGAUGUUUGAUUGUAAUAAAUAAUCUAUGAUGAGAUUUUAUUAUCUUUAUCUGGAAAUCCUAUGGACAGUAAUUUAUUAAAAAUCAUCUUCAUCUUCUUAAAGAAAGCAAAUUAAAGAAGUAGAGAUUCUUGA